AGAAAAUAAACGAUCAAUAAGAUUUUCCAUUACAACAGAGCAGACACCCAAAGGGCGGUGACCAGACCAAACGCUCCGCCUUCUCCAAUGGCGCGCGACCACUUCUCACCUCGAUUCCCGUCACCCCCCGUGUAAUUCCCGUCACCGGCGGUGAAAUUAAGAAACAGCGAUCAAAACAGCUGAAAAUUUUGGGAUUUGAUCAAUGGCUUCGGCCAAAUCGUCGCGAUCUAGGGUAUCGGCCCCCUCGGGGUUGAUAUCGUCGGGGAUUCAUCAGCCGAGCGCGCAGGAAAGCGGGGUCCCGCUCGCCGACAAGCUCAAGAUCUUCAAGAGUGACAGAUUUGAUCCUGAUUCGUACGUUCAGUCGAAAUGCCAGACUAUGAAUGAAAAGGAGAUAAGGCACUUGUGCUCUUACCUACAAGAAUUAAAGAAAGCUUCUGCAGAAGAAAUGCGCAGAAGUGUUUAUGCUAACUAUGCAGCAUUUAUUAGAACAUCAAAAGAAAUAUCAGAUCUAGAAGGCGAGCUAUUGUCGAUUCGUAACCUGCUAUCUACACAGGCUGCUCUAAUACAUAAUCUAGCUGAAGGGGUUAAAGUUGGUUCUCUAUCUGCUGGUUCUGAGGGUUCCACAGCUAAUAAUACAUCAAAUAUUGAAGACCAAGAACCUUCAGAUACAGAGAAAUGGUUGGUAGAGUUUCCUGAUAUGCUUGAUGUUUUGCUUGCAGAGCGUAGAGUAGGUGAAGCUCUGGAUGUCCUGGAUGAGGCAGAAAGUAUAGCCACAGAUGCGAAAGAAAAUAAAAAAUUAAGUACAUCUGCACUAAUGUCAUUGCACACUGCUAUCACUAAUCAUCGCCUAAAGCUGGCUGAUCAGCUUGCUGAAGCUGCUUGCCAGCCUUCAACUCAUGGUGUUGAACUUCGCGCAGCUGCCUCAGCUCUUAGAAGGCUUGGCGAUGGUCACCGUGCACAUAAUUUGCUGUUAAAUGCUCAUAACCAAAGGCUUCAAUAUAAUAUGCAAACUAUUCAUCCAACUAGCACUUCCUAUGGAGGAGCUUAUACUGCUUCUCUCUCGCAACAAGUUUUCUCCGCCAUUGCUCAAGCUGUGAAUGACUCGUUAGAAGUCUUUGGUAAUGAGUCAGUGUACAUGUCGGAGUUGGUUGCUUGGUCUAUAAAGCAAACAGAGGCUUUUGCACAACUUGUAAAAAGGCAUGCACUGGCCUCAUCUGCAGCUGCUGGAGGUCUAAGAGCUGCUGCAGAAUGUGUUCAGAUAGCAGUUGGCCAUUGUUCUUUGCUGGAAAAUCGUGGACUAGCACUUUCUUCUGUUCUUAUGAAUCUCUUCAAGCCCAGUGUUGAGCAAGCACUUGAUGCCAAUUUAAAACGGAUUGAAGAAAGUACUGCUGCAUUAGCUGCUGCUGAUGAUUGGGUACUUACAUAUCCACCAUCUGGACCACGUACUAAUGCAACAAGUCAGCCCAAACUUUCAAGCAGUGCACAUCGUUUCAAUUCAAUGGUUCAGGAUUUCUUUGAGGACGUAGGGCCACUAUUGAGCAUGCAGUUGGGUGGUUCAACAUUAAAUGGCCUUAUAAGAGUAUUCAACUCUUAUGUAAAUUUGCUAAUUAAUGCUCUACCUGGUUCCAUGGAGGAUGAGGAAAACUCGGAAGGCUCUGGUAAUAAAAUUGUGAGGAUGGCGGAAACUGAAACUCAACAGUUGGCUUUGUUAGCAAAUGCAUCUUUGUUAGCAGAAGAGUUGCUCCCUAGAGCAGCCAUGAAACUCUCGCCCAUUUACCAUUCAAGUGGAGUGGAUGAUCCUCGGAGAAAAGCUACAGACAGACAAAACCGCAUGCCAGAACAAAGAGAGUGGAAGAGGAAGCUACAACGGUCUGUUGAUAAAUUGCGUGAUAGUUUUUGUAGGCAGCAUGCUCUUGAUCUUAUUUUUACCGAAGAAGGUGAAACUCAUCUAAGUGCGGAAAUGUAUAUAAGUAUGGAUGCAAAUUAUGAGCCUGACUGGUUUCCAACUCCAAUAUUUCAGGAGCUGUAUGCUAAAUUAAGUAGAAUGGCAACCAUAGCUGCAGACAUGUUUGUAGGCAGAGAAAGAUUUGCUACUGUGCUACUGAUGAGGCUUACGGAGACAGUUAUAUUAUGGCUUUCAGAAGAUCAGAGCUUUUGGGAGGAUAUUGAACAGGGGCCGAGAACUUUGGGCCCUCUAGGUCUUCAACAGUUUUAUUUGGACAUGCAGUUUGUAAUUCUUUUUGGACAAGGUCGAUAUUUAUCUAGGAAUGUGCAUCAAGUUAUAAUUGACAUUAUAGAUAGAGCUAUGGGGGCGUUUUCUGCCACUGGAAUGGAUGCGGAUAGUGCACUGCCGAGUGAUGACUGGUUUAUUGACAUAGCUCAAGAAACUAUAAGCAGAAUAAGUGGAAAAGCUAGAGUAGGCAAUGGAGAGAGAGACGCGCAGAGCCCAACCGCCUCCGUAUCGGCAUUAUCUAUGUCAUCAAUGAGAUCUCAUGGGAGUUCUUGAUAAGUUCGGUUUCUCUUGUUAACAGAUCAUUUUAUAUAAUUGGUGAUGUGUUCUUUUUUUCCCCGCUCAUUGCUUUUUCACAAGUUUGGGGGGUUAUUUUAGCUCUUGAUUUUUUAGUGAUUAUUGGUAAUAUUAUUCUUUGGAGUUUGGGUCUGUAACAGAUCAUUGGUUGUCUCCGGUCCAAACUCCAGUCUAUGUAUAUCAUUCUUUGAGACUACGAGGCUUCUACAUGUAACUGCGAAAUCAUCUCUAAGUAUUCAGACAUUAUUUUUUUCCCUUUUCAUUUUUAUUUUUAUGAGCAUGUAUAUCAUAAUUUCU